AUGUGUCCACACGUUCUCCUCGUCGAAGCGUCCGAAGCUUGUGCCUACUGCGGCAACGACCAGAGUGGCCCCAACUGCUGCGUCUCCGGAAACUACUGCCAGCCGUGGAACCCGACCUACUACCAGCCGGCCAACGCCCGCCAGCUCCCCGACGACUGCUGCAACCGGUGCGCCAGUACUUCGGGCUGUGCCGCGUACACGUUCGUGAACAAUGGCUGGGAUGGCCAGCCGCACUGCUACCUCAAGCGCGGCACGGGCACGAGGAAGAAGGCCGUGGGGGCCGUGUCCGCCGUCGUGUCUUCCUCCUCCUCCUCGAGGCCUCGCGCUACGAACACGACAGACGGCGGCCACAUCCAGGUCCAGAUCCGCAGCGGAGCCGUGCAGUCCAAGGCCGUCAACCUGGGCGGCUGGCUCUUGACGGAGCACUGGAUCACGUGGGAGUCUGCGCUGUGGAACGGCAUCUCGGCGGACGAAGACCACAAGGGCGAGUACCACACGAUGCAGCUCCAGGGCAAGGAGAAGGGCACGGCGGCGUUCGAGCAGCACCGCAAGACGUGGAUCACCGAGGCCGACAUCAAGGAGAUCGCCGAGACUGGCGUGCUCAACACCGUGCGCGUCCCCGUGGGCCACUGGAUCAUCCGCGACGCCACCACUGCGCCCGGAACCGAGGGCGACAUGUACGCGCGCGGCGGCCUCAAGUACCUGGACGCGCUCAUCAACAACUGGGCCGUCAAGUACAACGUCGCCGUCAUGAUCAGCCUCCACGCGCACCAGGGCAGCCAGAACGGCAUCGAGCACAGCGCCCCCGUGACGCUGGGCAACGUGGGCUGGAGCACGUCGCAGACCAACGUGGACAACUCGCUCAAGUUCGCGACGUUCCUCGCGGCGCGGUACAAGAACAGCCCGGCGUUCCUGGGCUUGAACCGCAUGAACGAGCCCGUGCCGUUCGUGGACGGCAACGUGCUGCGGAACUACUACAUCCAGGCGUACAAGCAGAUCCGAGCCACGGGCAACGACUGCAUCCGGCUGGUGACCCCGUUCCUGAGCGAGCAGGACCCGGAGCACCUCAAGGGCAUGAUCGGCGCCCCCGAGUACACGAACGCCUGGACCGAGAUCCACGCCUACUUCAUCUGGGGCUACGAGGGCAAGACGGAGGAGCAGGUGCUCGCGGUCAUCGACCAGGGCAUCUUCCAGAACAUCGACAACUUCCGCGAGCUGGGCCGCAAGCAGCUCGCCUACUACAACGCCGACACGACCGGCGGCUGGGCCUUCUGGGCGUGGCGCAACUCGGACGAGACGGUCAAGCGCACGGGAUGGUCCAUGCGCUACCUCAUCCGGAACGGAUACCUCAAGCUGACUGCCUAA